CCAGCGCAUGCGUUUCCGUAUAAAUGCCUCACCAGGAAAGAAUUUUACUGAUUUGUUCGUCAUCAUGGCUCGAAUUGAGGAGUGCAAACAAAUUUUCCACAAGUUUAGUCGCGAGGGAAACAGCUAUGACCGAAAUUUGGAAAAGGCCGAACUGGUGUCAGUCACUGAUGGAAAAUGCUCAGUUGAGGUAAAACUUGAAGAUCAACACACGAAUCAGUUCGGUUGGAUGCACGGAGCUUUUGCUGCUACUUUGGUCGAUUGUUGCACUUCUCUCGCUUUGUUUACCAAACAUACCGGGUUUAUUGCGUCCGUUGAUAUUCACAUGAAUUAUUUGAAAGGUGCCAGAAAAGGGGACGAGAUUGUGGUGGAUUGUAACGUAGUUAAAAUGGGCCUUACUUUAGCUUUCAUUGAAGCUACAAUAAAAAAUAAGGCAAAUGGUCAUGUUUUAGUCAAAGCUACGCACACAUUGUAUUUAUCGCAAUAAAGGUAAUUUAAGAAAA